GCGGUGGCCGCGGUGUCGCUGCCAGUUUUUCAGCCCCAACACGUCGUCCAGCUGAGCUGCACUUGAUGACCGGCGGGACUGGCGGCCACGCUCCGCUGGCUCCCUUUAAUACACCUACGGCCGCGGGUCCAGAUUGUCUUUCUAAUGAGUGCGGCAUAAUUAGAGGGUCGGGCGGCGGUCUUCCCAUAUCGCAAGUGUGCACAAAGAGAAACAUUGGGCUGGAAACCUCAACAGAAAACCAUAUACUCCCUAGCUAAGGUUUUUAAAUUUAAAUAUUUUUUAUGUUUGCUUGUGAUUCAAAUUUAUAAAACUGCUUUGACUAGAAGCACUCUAGACUAAGAUUCCAAGUAUCCAGCUGGUGUCUAAGUUUCUUUGGAGCCCCUCCGGGCCAGCGUCAUGAUUUUGGCCACAGCUGUGCGCUCGCAACUGGAAGUCAGGUUCUGCUCAAACUUGGCAGCAGAUCGGUGCAAUUAUGGCCAGUGUGUGGGCUGUCACCAGAACACCUUGAUGACGGCAUAUAUGGCCACUGGUGGGGCUGACUGCUUGGACUGACGAGGCUUCUCUGUGGAACACAUGCUGCUCUUCUUUUGUUUUACUCGGGAGGCACAUAAAUCUUGAACUUGCCUCUACAUUCUGUGAACCCAGCGCCCUUGCAACCUCGAAAUUCCAGGUGCGAGUACAGGUAGCUGUGACACCUCGGAGACCUCGAAUUGUUGUUAUUUUCUGCCGUAUUUCCCUUGAAGCGGCCCGGUGCUGUUUAUACUUUAGUUCUACCAAUAUUUAUGAUUAUUAUGCGUGUUCCUCUGUUUCGGUUCUACGGGUGUGGGGAAAACUUGGAUGAAGUGGACGAAUUAUUCUUUUGAGACGUGAGAGAAUUCUCUAAGGACCCUCAAUCAUCACCUUUUGGCAUUAAAAGUACUUUACAUAAAUUAAAUAUAAACAUAGUUUUAAGAAUGAAGAAUAAUUUAUUAUAAGCCAAUUUAUUGGUAAGCCAAAACAGCUAAGUUACAUCAUGCAAGCUCUAAACAGCAUAGGCUGGCCACCUCGUUGUGUGAACCACUCUGGUCGCGGAUAAUAAAUUCCUUAAUUCCUCCAUCCGUCAAAAAGGGGAAGUCCAAGCAACAGUCGUCGGGGGGACAAUCGAACAAACCGAAAACCACCCCAUUGAACAGCAACAGGACAUGGAGUUCCGGAGGGACCAGGCCGAUUCCCAGAAGGCGGCCGGGGGGAAUCAGGACUACGUAGCCCGGGGUAACUGUCAAUGUUUGGCGUCCGGAAAAUGUAUGAACUCCAGCCGAAUUUAUAGUAUUAACCUUGAUAUAGCCGUGUGGAGCUACUAGCAAAUUAAGUCUGAGAAAAAUUCAAUGUGUGUAGAUUGUCCAGGUCAUUUAUCAAAUCACAAUCGUUGCUGCAAGAAACUUAGCUACCGUCCUCACAUCGACCCACCGUAAUGGCCGAGCUUUUGUCCCGCGAGAAGGAACUCUUUAAGAUAAACCAGGAGCUGAAUCUCCUGACCCUCAGUCCAGCUGCCGAGGCCAUGUAUCCGGCGAAGGGGUCAUCAAAAUCCACUGCGGUGACGGUGCCGCGCUACGCUACCUUCCAGAAACAAAAGGGACCGAGCAGCCUGCUCCGGAAGAAGGGUCCUCCCACAGCGUCCACGAAGGCAGCACCGAAAGCUUCACCUGGCAGAGAGGCGGUGCCCGAUAUGAGUCUGCUGACCAAAUCCAAGCCCGCUGCCGGACCCACCUCUCCCACCCCCCGCCAUCUUUCCAAAUUUAGUACCUUUACGAAGGAUAUGAGCAGCAAGACGGCCACGUAUGUGAAGUACCGGAACCCAAACUUCAGCGAAAGUCCUUCCUUGGACGAACUACUGCGUAACGACGCUGAUGAGGCAAACCGAAAUCCAGAUGUGGUCGAAGUGGAGGUCACUCAGAAGCGAGAGAGUACAACCGUCGUCAAUGGCCAGCUCAAGAAGCAGGUCACCAAGGACAACUUUAUCAAAUUCCUCAAGGCCAAGGUGGCCAUUUUGGAAGAGGAUCACGCUCAACACGCCGGAGAGUUGACCCGACAGAAGGAGCAGCUUGAGCACGCCUUGGAAGCGCAACGCAAGUCCGAGCACCAGCGCGACCAGGCGAUCAACUCCAACAAGCACCUCUCCGAGCAACUGAUGCGGGCCGAACGGCAGAGCGAAGUUUUCACCCAGCGCCAGAAGGAGCAGCAGCUCGAGUUCAUCACCCAGCAGCGGGAGCUGGAGCUGCUGAAGCGGGAUGCCAAGGUUUCCAGGCAGACGAACAUAAACCUGGAGAACCGACUGUCCCGCCUCCAGGAGGAUGCAGACGCUGCCCGCCAGGAACUCAAGCUGCUGCGCGAGGAGCAGCGCGACCAGUUGGAGGCGCAUCGGAAGGAACUAAAGCUGCGAGACAGCCGGAUCCGGGCCCUAAAGCGCCAGCGCGGCGACCUGCUCAACGCGUACAAGAAGCAGCUCUACAUGAUCGACAACCUGAAGCGCCAGACCAUCUGUUUGGAGCAGUCGGCGGCCAUCGGAUUCGGCGAGAAGGAGUUCAACAAGGUGCUCGACUGGAAUGCCAAGACGUGAACCCUUCUGCAAUUUGAAAUCCAGCCUAGGCAAUCUAGUUUUCAAUUAUCCCGCGGUAACUCGAUUAGGCGCGCGGCAUCCUUCUGCUCGGUUGGCGAGUAUAAAAGUCGG